GCCUCCUUCCUCUCCCGUGACUUCAGCCCGCAGAGUUUUCCGUCCUGUGUCAGGAUAACAUCGUAAACGAGGACCACCUGACGGUAAGACCGGACUAAAUGGAGGCAGCGGAGGAAACUCUCACUUACCUGGACGACACCGGACUUCACAGGAAGCUGCUCCUACGGGACAAGGACAAGAAACACGCGCACAGCAAAGGCGAGACAAGAAGCGAGGAGUCCAACUAUGUGGACCUGGACAUGAAACCGACGGACGGCACAAGGACAGUGAAAGUGUCUUUCACUGGCGAGGGAAACCAGCUGUCUGUCAUCAAGUGCGACAGUUUGAAGUCGGGGACCGUGGACACGCGUGGAUGGGUCUCAGGUGAGCCUCCGCUGGGAACUCUGACCAAAGUUGCCAACAGUGAUCAGGAUUCAGAGAAUGACAGGCAGCUCCAGGCCGAGCUCGACCCCAGUGACUGCAGCGAGAAUGUGCGCAAUGAGAGUGAUGAGCUCCGCUACACGGACAUGUAUCUGAACAGCAAAACCGAGUCUGACGACGGAGCCAGCGUGGUUCUGUCCGACCAGUGCGGCUCCGACACCGUGCAGGACGAGUCUCACUACAUCACCACGCACGAGAUCCAGCUUACCGAGCUCGACCACGAUGUUGAUUACGACCUGGGGCGCGGGACUUGCUGGGAGCUGGAGGACGACAAUCUGGUUUACUCCUUUGUGGAUUACGCUUCUUUUGAAAGCGAUGAAACGCAUGAGGGCACUUUGAUAGAGGAGAGCAGGAGCCAGGCGAAAGUGCAGUCUAAUCUUGGCGGAGCAGUUGUCAGCACCGAGCAGGAGGAGAGUGAUCUUUGUGACUGGGACAAAUGCGCCAGCUCAGAUGAAAGCGUUGGCAAAGACCAAAGCGAGGACGCACACGUAGGGGGAAUCCACUUAUCAAUAAAAGCCACCUCAAGACCAGCGAACGAGCCCGUCGGUGGCCCCGGGAGCCCUGGCGCCAGAGUGGGGCCCCUGCGCGAUCCAGUCCCAUAUUUCAUCCCCGCUCCAGGCCGUCAGCACCUCGCUUCCAAACUGAGACGCAAUGACAUUAAUGAAUAUUUCAGCGAAGCGUCCAGUUCCAUCAGUGAGCUGGAUGACGCCGAUAAAGAGGUGCGCAAUUUAACUGCCAAGUCUUUCCGGAGCUUGGCGCGUCCAUACUUCGAUGCCAUUAAUCUCAGCACCUCUAGUGAAUCAUCUAUGUCGGAAUAUGGGCUAAAUAAAUGGUCGGCCUAUGUGGACUGGAAUUAUGAAGGAAAAGAGCGGGGCGUAAUUGCGCACAAGACUCCCAGAUCAACGCUGGAAAUGAAUAAGAGCGUGGACACUGAGAGGCGUGGCGAGUUCAUAACCGACGCGACAGCUCCACAAACCAACUUGCACACAGUGAAUAAGACAACAACUCCUCAACAAGCUUCUAGCAAAAAGCUCGAAGUGCAAGAUCCAGUUCAGUCACAACAGCGAGAGGUGACGCUGAAUGUUCACUGUAACGUAGAAGCACCUGACGGAACCAGGCGUCACAAAUCCUCCAAAAAUGCACGAUCCAGUGAGGUCAGUGGGACUGUGUUGUCCAGAUCACAGUAUCGUCAAUAUCAUGUCACAGAAAGCGACGGGGACACAAACAACAGGGCGACGUGUGCAUCAAGUCUGUUGAAAAAUGUGAUUUCUAAAAAGAUGCAGUUUGAACAGGAGCGCAAACUGCAAAGGGGUCAAACUUGUAACAGACAUCCAGCGCUGUCCUCAGACAGGAGCCUGGGGAGAGGCUUGCUAAGACAAACGUCAGAAUCAGGCUCAGGACUGAGUGGUUACUCAAAUGAUGAUCAGUCCCUGGAUGGCAGCAGACCCAGUUCCUGUGGGGUUUCAGAACAACAGAAAAGCACAGAACCACCAGAUGAGUCAAACAAGGGACAUGGGCAUCCAAAAGGCCAGCUCAGCCACAGUCAGAGUAGUGCGUUUGAUUCCCUGAAAGUAGAUGAGCCAGAGCCUGCAAAGGAGGCAAAGCACACAGUUGUAAGUGACACUCAGUCCACUGCAAAGGAGGAAAUAGACACCAGCAGCAUGCUUACAAAACUGCUUUUUGUUCCAAGCUGGCAGAUUCUUUCAAGACAGAGGGGUUUUAAUGAAGACUUAAACCACACACCUGCUACAGGAACCCAGAAAUGUCAGUUCAAAACAGGCAAUAAUGGAAAAAUAAUAGGUAAAGACGAAAUGGAGACGGGAAUAAGACCUGAAAUAAAAAUACAUCUGAGAAGUGUGAAAGAGAAUAAAGGCUGUACACUGAAUAUUGCCAACCUUUUAACCCCAAAAAUAAGUUAUAGCUCCGUUAACACGUUCAGGACAGCCGGUGAUGCUAAAUGCCACAUUUUAUCUGCCACAGAUAAAUUUCCUAAUUUUGCAGUCAGAGACGUAAGAGAAACCAAAUGCAAGUUUCAAACACCGAUAUAUCGUGUCAGGGAUGUGCGUAAAUUGGUAAAAAGCUCGUAUCGCUUUGUGUCUCUGGAUAAAAGUGAGAGUAAACGUUCCACAGCAGCUGAUAAAACUGAGGAAAAGGGCAAAAUGGAACCUGUUAAACAUUUGUCCAACACUUCUCCUAUUGUGAUCAAAUGCCACUCUGUGAAAACAAACGCUACAUCACAGAAACAAGCAGAGGCAAGAAUCCCACACCAGUCAGACUUUCAGUCAAGUACUGACACCAAACCACUGUCAAAACAGAGGCAGGACAAGUUCACAGGUGAGACAGCAGAGAGGAGAAAUGAGCCUGCAAUACCAAAACAGGCUGCAAUAGAGAAGAUUAAAGCUGCAGUCAAAACAAUGGAGCAGCUUUAUGUUUUUGAUAGAAAUGAAUGGAAGCGUAAAACUCAAGCCCCACAACCUAUUGCGGGCAGCCACGUGCGUUCACUCAUUGCCAGGGAGGAACAGGGAGAAGAGCAGCUGGAGGCGACCAACACUGACAGGAUUCCUCAGGCUUUGAUUCCCACCACACAAACAGGAAAAGCACAGGAGAAAGAAGGAGCUGCAAAUGUCAUGCAUGUCCCGUUUACCAGGGACACUUUUAAGUCACAGCAGAGUAAAACAUUCAGUAACAGAAGUGUUCUUCAUUUUGGCAACAACAACAAGGCACAUGUCAGCAUUAGUUCAGCGAAUAACUCUGUUCCACAAAGCUCUGUACUGCAAACGUCAACUAUGAAAAGCUCCAGAGCACCAGCGGCUCCACUGUCGGUAAAAAUAGAGCCCACAAAACACAUCCAGGUGGAGCAGGGAAAGGUCAAAAUCAUUCCCACUAAUCCCACCGUCACACAAGGGGGCUCAGACUCAGAGAACUAUUUAACCAUACCAGGGCAGGGGUACACAAGCGAAAUCCCACUGCGGAAUCAGGAGCCUGCUUCAACGGAGGGGAAUUUACAUGUCAGUCAAGCCCAUACAUGUGACUCCCAGACACCUGAGCAGAAAAGAUCUCCUUUAAUCAUGGAUUAUCCAGCUGCAAGCAUCUACCAUCAUGCUGCUGCAGCAGCAACAAGAGCGCCACAAACUCAACAGCAGGUGACGUCCAUCUCCUCCUCUGACCCGACUGCGCCACCCUUCCCACAAAGUCAGCGCAAGAUGCUUUUGGACCCUUCUACAGGACAUUAUUACCUGGUGGACACUGCCAUACAGGCCACCACAAAGCGACUGUUUGACCCUGAGACAGGCCAGUAUGUGGAUGUACCCAUGCCCCAUUCACCUGUGGCACCUGUCACACCUGUGCCUCUCUCUCUGUCACCUGUGACCCUGAGCCCAGGAGCCUACACCCCCUCGUACAUGAUCUACCCGAGCUUCAUCCCCUCGCCCACGCUCCCAGCUCAAGCCGUGUUGCCACACCUUCCGUGUCACUCUGAGGACGCAGGUGUAGACAAGGUAAAAAACGCCAGAAGUCCUAGGCUGGAAACUAGCACAGCAGGUGCAGAGAGUGUGUACUACAGCGCAACAGGAGAGGCUCCACAGGGGGCGCUGCAGCUACCUGUGAGCUGCAGAGGAGGUGGAGCCAGCUCUGAGAGGAAGCCAGUUAUCAGCAUCACAACACAACAAGGUCCAAGAAUCAUCGCGCCUCCUUCCUUUGACGGAACAACAAUGAGCUUUGUGGUGGAGCAUCGAUGACCAAGAAGAUAUCUCAUUAUACACUUCUCCUGCACAGAAUCUGCAUUCAUUCACCGUAAGUGUGGUCUUCCCCCGUCGUCCCUCCACGCCACAGGACAACCGCCUCCCCCCCCCCCCCACUGUGUUGUUGUGUUGUUUAUUCUUGUAGCAGACAUGACUGUAUCAUCUAUGCAUUGCAGCACUUUGUAGGGUAAAGGCAUUCAGCCACAUGCGCUGGUUGAUGCUCUGCCAUGUUGCUAUAUAAAUCAGCUUUGAAAUACUUUCCAUUCAGUUGCUCUGUAGAACAUGAAUCGCUGCUGAAAUGCUGUUUGUCUAUUCAAAAGGAAACAAGGCAAGUUUUCUUUUACAAUUCAGUGUAACUCAGUAUCAAACCACUAUUAUUACUACUAUUUUUAUUAUUAUUAAUAUUAUGAGAAAUCAAGUCUAUGAAACAACAAUUCAAAAUAUUCUCCUUAACACCAUCAGUCUCUCCUGUUUGGUAUGAAAUGAUUGGCUGCUCCUAAUAAAGCAGUUAGUUUCUGUCACAGUGGAACCUAAAAAGCAACAUUUGUUGACCAUGGAUUUAUAAAAAGCUGGAUGCAUCCUAGUGACAUAGCCUUGCUUUCAAUUUAUCCCAGUGGCCAAAUGUAGCACCACAACAAAAGCACUUCUAGUCCCAGAACAUGAUUGGGUUUUUUCAUCUUGUGCUAAAAAGCAGAGAAUCUUAUGUGUACAAAAUGACAAUCCCAUGUAAGAGUUAGAGCAGCAAGAGUGUUUUCUAUGACAUUCUGAGCUGAAUUAGCCGUGUUGUCUCCAUUUUAUAGAUGUGAUAAUAUUUACAGACACGUGACUUUGGAGUAAAGUAAAAUUAUCUCGAUAACACGCAGGUGAUAAUGACGUGUGCACAAAUAACACAAUAAUAACAUGUUCCAGGACGUUAGGGGCUCCGUAAUUUCCACCAAAUAUCACUAUUAUUAACAUCUGAACACAUGGGUCAUGUUCAAAGCCUGGAGGAUAGACAUUUGGUUCUCAUGGUGACCAGAAAACUCAUGGUGUAUUACAGCAAUACUGCCUAAAGGCGCUCGUAUAUAGGGAGCUGUAGCGUUGUUCUCUUCUUCUUCGGUAGGAAUGCGUCCUAUUCCCUGCAUCCAGACUUGUUCAGCCUCCCAAUGAUGAAGGUGGAUACAACAGCACCCUGACACGCCAGAGUAUACCGGGGUCCUGUCACAUCUGCUGUGACAUGCGUAUGACGAAUGUUAUGUUAAUUUCACUACAGAGAGACUAAAUGACCUCUGCAGUUGGUCAAAAGGAAAGAUGUAUAUAUUGGUAUCGGUUAUCAGCCCUAGCUUUCCCGAUAUAUCGGCAAAAACUCCAAUAUCGUGCAUCCCUAUUUAUGUGGAAUGGGCUGCACAGCUCAGUUAGCAGCCAUAAAGAUAGGCUUUUGCAUUAUAGCUUUACUAUAGCUAACUAUAACUUUUUGGCGCUAUAGCUGAAUCAAUUGGCAGCAUCUUGUGAUUCAGUAUUUAGUUCAAUAAUUAAUCCAUGGCUCUGGGUAAUGUUGUUCAUUGGGAUGUCUUUAAAUGACUCUAAAUUGUAAAUAAAGUGACAUUUAAUGUAAAAUUAAUAUCCAGUGUUUGGUUCUCAGGUUUACUGUGGCCGCUGUGCAUUAGACAUUACAUAGUGUCACUUUAAUUCAAACAAAAAUGUAAAUGCAACAUUCAAAGUGUAUUUUACACAGUGUUGUUGUCAAAGUCAGGGACCACAUGUCUGCACUGAAUUGAUCAAAUUUGAUGGGAAAUGUGGAAUCACAUCAUCUUUUCUUUUACAGUAACUUCAGUCAGAAAAGGAUUCAAACAUUUGCCUGGUUAAAUAAAUAGACAAUAACAUGUGUCACACUACUACACUCCCCCAUCACUUUUUUCGACCUAAAGUACAUGCGUCAUCCGUGCGGUGACUCACAAAAAGCGGAAAAUACCUGAACUACUGAGGUGUCGUAUGAAUCUGUGUUUUUAACAUUUUUAACUGCAACGCUCCUUAAAGAAAAGAGAAAAGAGAAACACACCAUGUGUGUUGAUGAGUAACAGAGCUGGGACUCAGGUCUAACAGUUUAUACUUAAGGUCAUUAAGUAUUGUUGGGUCUUAUGAGUCAGAGCCAGCUUAGACAUUUAGGGGAUAACUUCCUCUACUGGUCUAAGUUUAUUUUACACUUUUGUGUAAUGAGAUGGGAGUCAGUGCGUGUGUGUGUAUGAAUGUGUUUGCGUGUGUGGCUGUGAGUUAUGUAAGGAAUUUCAACUUUCUGUGGUCAUACAACGAGGAGUCAUGUUACUUUAGGGCGGACCGUACAUGUGCUGAGUGUGACUCUGUGCUUUACACACAGCAGGGUCAUUUUCCCUGUAAACCACCUGACCUCCGUCUGAGUUUUCUAUUAUUAUUCAAAUGAUACAGUCGUUUUCAAUCCUGCUUUCUGUUCACUGAAGUCCGUUUGUUUUCCUGCCCUGUUUCCUUUUGAAUAUGAACUGGAGCAUCAUUGUUCACUAUGCUUAACUUGACUCAGUUAUGACAGCAUAUCAUGUAGAAAUCAAGCUAUUUUUUGGCACGUUUUAAGACUAAAUACAUUUUAGAGGUAUUUGGAGCUGCUGGUCAGUCUGUGUACCUUCAUCCUGUAAAAUACAUGUUAUUAAACCUCUGUGGAAAAAAAAAGACCAUGUAAAAAAAAAAAAGCCCUUAUCAGUUAAGUACAUAAUGAAUUCAUGCAGUGAUUUGGAAGAUUUGUUGUUGCAUGUGUCAGACAUGGUUUGCUGUUGAGAGGAGAAUGUCAUUUAAAUUUAACUUUGUACAUUGAAUUCAUAACCUGCUGUCAUUGUAAAUGAUUGUGUUUAAAUUAUUAUUUUAAAUUCAUUUGCCCCCGAGGCAAUUAAAAGCAACGCAAGUCAAAUAUUUAUUUGGAGAUUCAAUUUUGAAGGAUGUGAUUGUCUACCUCCUGAAAGUAUUUAUUUGAACAGCAACAUACCAAAGGUAGAAAAAUAUAAAAAAGCAUCUUUUACUAACUUCAGAUCAUUUAUUUUAAUACAUUUACAUAUCAUUUUAAAAACCCUGUGAAAAUGAUUGUGUCACUCACAAAUAUAUAUUUAAAUUUGUACGCUCCAAUAAACCAGCGAUUAUGAUGUUGUCCUAAAUACACAGAACCCUUUCUUGUGGAUAAUAUUCAUUUCUUGUAUGACCUUUAUCUGUGAAUAAUAACAUUGUACUUAAUGCACUUGGAUUGUCACUAUUUUGUUGCCAACCGUGACCGCAAUGAAUGGGUGUAAACCUUGGUGAUAGCAGGAGCACGACUAUAUGUAUGUAAACUUAUUGUAAAGUGAAUCGUUUGCAAUAGAUUCUGAUGGAUUUCGCCCAAGGAUGCACUGUAACAUAGGUAAUAUCAUGUGUUUUAAAACAUUCUUCCAGGUGUCCACCUACAAACCUGCUGACUUUGAGAUUAAAUAUGGGGAAGUGACUGUGUUAUUGCUUGCUUUUGUAUCAGAAAAGAUGGGAAACUGAAAGUGAGAUGGUUUGAGCUAAGUUUGUGAGGAUAAGAGAACGUAAAAGGGCAGAGAAGUGAAUGAAAGCACAGUCAUAAAAGUGACAUUGUACUGUAUGUUCUGUGACUGUGCUGCAUGGCUGCCCCAGAAAAAGACAAGAGGUCAGGACGACAGCAGAGCGGCACAUUGAAAGGACAAGUAAGUGCUGUGUUUGCACUUACUUCACUUGAAAGUAAUGACUGUGAUGAAUGUGUGUAAUGUAGACCGACAAGCCUACAUAUGUUUGCAAUAAAUUCAAAAUGCAAGCAACUGAA